CAAUUCCACAGCUCCCAUGCUGCGUGGCGCGUCGGGUGUGGAGGAUCUGCAACGCGUGAGCUUCGAGACCUGGUGCAGGCGUCGACUUCGGUGAACAAAACCUGAAGAAACUUGUUUCUUCGUGGAAGGAGGAGUGAGCAUUUUGUUAACCAAACCAUCCCUCUGCAGCCAACUAGCUAGCUAGCUAGCAGCAGCAGGUAAUGAGGGCGUGAAAGAAUUGAAACAAGGUUGGAACGAGGCGGAGUUUCUGACCCUGCCGUGGCAUUAAGUUUCCACCAACUCGGGAAUCAGGGGUGGGCGGCUGGACGAGAUGCACACCCACCGAAGUGCUGACAUUAGCAGUGAAACCAGUCGGGUAGUGUUAAUCAAGAUAUUGAGUCGAUGGAGGAGUAGGAAAGCGGAGUCAAGGGGCUGCUGCCGUGAGCUGCGGUCGGGGAGAUUGGAUGCUUGGCAAGUUGGAAGAGAAUUGAAAGAAAAAGAGGAUAUCCGGUCGCUGAGGGUGUUAAGUGAGUAGCUAGAGAUCUGGGUCGCGUAGAGGAGCAGGGAGUGAUCAAUGCAGACGAGAUUGGAGCGGAACUAGCCUUGAAUGCGAGCUCUGAUGAGAACAUCAGGCCGUCAGUCUGCACAACCCCUUCCCCCUUUCCCCUUCCCCUUCCCCUGCUGAAUCGUGAAGCUGUGUGUGUGUGUGUCCAUCGUAACCGGCUUCUGGAGCAGAACUCGCCCCUCCACCUUCCCCACUCCACCCCGCCCCCCACCAUCCUCACUCUUGCCUCUUAAUGACAGAAUGAGGUUUUAAGUUCUUCCGCCCUGCCCGCUGGAUUUAUCAGCUACUUUGGUAACUGCAUUUGCCUGCAGAUCAGGAGAGCGCACAAAGUCGUCUGCAUUAGGGUUGAGUGGUCUGUCCCUAGCGUGGAGAUUAUCGGUGGUUAAGUGCGUGUUUGAGAGUAGAAAUAUAUAUAAUAAAAAGUCUCUUCUCAAGCGCCCAGAACUCAGACUCAUGUGCAUCGCAUUGUUGCACUACCCUCAGACUGUCUCUGAUCGAGGUUAGACUUUGUGUGCUUGGGUCAUUGAUAACAGGAGCUCAAAGUCACUGCUGCAGCUUUGGUGUUGUAUGGUCGUAGCUGGAGGUUAGCUGUAGGUCGCGCUCAUUUCAUACACACAAGUGUGUGGAGGAGAGGUAGGACAAAGUAGAAGCCGCCAGUGAGUUGUUUCUCCCGCGUUGCAGCAGCUUCGUGUGUCAUUGGAAUGCUCUUGCGGUGACCUUCGUGUGUGUGUAGAUUAAGGAAGGUCGCCAAAACUAAAAUUGGGAAUGUUCGAGUAUGUUGUUACGGUUCUCUUAGUGCUGGAGCAGUGAUGGUUUUGAAGAGUGGUAGUAGGCAAUGGUAAUGUGGGCUUGCCAUAGCAAAUUUUUUAGUGAAGACGGCUUCUGGGCACAUUGUGCCUGUAGCUGUGAUUUUGUAGCAAUUAUCAGCUCAUUGCAUUGAACAGGUACGCACCUCUUUCUACUGCGACGCCUCGGAGCUUUGAGGGGCAAGCCAGGUCGCCUCUGCAGUUGCUGUACAUUAGAGGUCCCUGUGUUUCUUCAUAUUGACUUUAUCUGUUUCAUUGUUCCCACGCCGUGGAUUUACUCGCGGUAAUGUUCGUAUAUCUCUACAGUCCAUUCCGAUGGAUUCGUGAAGUACCCUAGAGUCUUCAAGUGAGCUGAUAAAGCUCUGCUCAGAAACGCAGUGAGGUCACUGAUAUGGACCAGGAUGUUGGUGAUCAGUGGUCUGUUGUGUGUGCGGGAGGGUGUUGGCAUUGUCUUGAAACGAUUACAGCCCAUCGGUGACGUCGAGGCUACAGGGCAACAGGGAUAUUUGCAUUCGCCAGAACUCAACAGCGUCGUUUGCUCUGUCAGUAGGACCAGUGUUGAGCUUUGCAGGGUUUAACAGGGCUUGGAACGAGCCAUAGCGCAAGACUGAUCAAUAAUAGUCACAAAGACAGCCUUCAUUUUUUAUUUUAUUUAUUUAUUUUAAAAAAUUUCAUAGUAUUUUAAGAGAUUGACCUCCAUGAGCUUGGCUGAAGUCGAGUACAGACUUUGGGGUUAGUGUCUCACUUACAGUACCCACAUUGUAGAAAUUACAGGGAUACAUCACAGGUCCUGGCGCCAUGGAUUUCGAGAGAAGAGAAAGGUCCCGUAACAAUAGCGUGAUUUGUUGCUGCAAUAAAUCAACAUGCACGGGGAACAAAACCUUUCGGGAUGGAGACAACUCCCACAUGCAAGCCUCCCCGGUGACGAUUCUUUCGUUACCCUCCCCUUCACCCUCCCGCACCAAAACGUACUUUCUGGAGCUUCGCGACCUCUCUUACCAAAUUGUGACAAAAAAAAAGAAAGGUCCCAUGAACGAAGAGAUCAGCCCUUUCAAUGCGAAAUCCUCGCACUCUCAAUACAUUCUGAAACACGUUACUUGCGACGCUAAGCCUGGAGAGCUCCUGGCGGUUGCAGGGCCAAGUGGGGCGGGAAAAUCCACUCUUCUUGAGGUUUUGGGGGGAAAGAUUCCGCCGAGCUCGCCGUCGACAAGCAUCCUCGUGAACGGACACCCCAUGGACAGGCAACAUUUUCGCCGAAUUAGUGGCUAUGUCAUGCAAGACGACGCGCUCUUCCCCAUGCUCACGGUGCGGGAGACGCUGCUCUACUCAGCGCGGUUGCGGAUACCAUCAGCCGUGCCCAUGACGGAAAAAAUUGCAAGGGUUGAAGGUCUUAUGAGCGAGCUAGGAUUGAGCCAUGUCGCAGGAUCACGAAUCGGAAAUGAGAGCAUCCGGGGGUUGUCAGGAGGCGAGAGGCGGCGAGUUUCGAUCGGAGUAGACGUGAUCCAUGACCCUGCGGUGUUGAUUCUCGACGAGCCGACUUCGGGGCUGGAUUCCGCCGCCGCGCUGCACGUAUGCAUCAUGUUGAGAGGGAUGGCGGUGUCACGCAAUCGCACUAUAAUUCUGAGCAUCCAUCAACCAGGGUACCAAAUCCUGCAGCAAUUUCACGCGGUGUUGAUUCUUGCGCAGGGCUCGGUCGUGCACCAUGGCAGCCUUGAACUUCUUUCGGAUCGGUUGAUCGCAGCCGGGCACAAGAUCCCCUCCCAAGUGAAUGUGCUGGAGUAUGCGAUAGAUUCUAUUGACACUCUCCACUCUACUGACCAUAGCAGCAUCUUUUCAAUGCAGAGAAAGACCGACCUCCCCCCUCUCUCCCUCCAGGAGAUCAUUUGCGACCUCGAGCCCAUCCCUUCACUCUCCUCAACUCCAAAUUACGAUACCAACAGCAGCAGCAGCUCGGCCUCCAGUAGUAGCCUCACCAACUCCUCAUCCGACAAGGACAAGCCGAAUUACGCCAAUACGAGCGUGAAGGAGAUCAUGAUCCUCUCCCACCGCUUCCUGAAGAACAUCAUCCGCACGAGGCAGCUCCUCAUGGCGCGAACCAUCCAAGCAAUCGGUGCAGGGUGUGGCUUGGGUACCAUCUACCUCCACAUGGGCUAUGGCUCUCCGGGGAUGCAGAAACGGGUGGGAUUUCUCGCUUUUACUCUCACCUUCCUACUCACAUCCAGCAUCGAAGUGCUCCCAAUCUUCCUAGAGGAGCGCACCAUCCUCACGCGGGAAACUUCCCGUGGCGCCUACCGCGUCUCCUCCUACGUCCUUUCCAGCACACUCAUCUUCCUCCCCUUCUUGUUCUUCGUGGCUCUUCUCUACGCAGGGCCUGUAUAUCAUCUCGUCGGAUUAGCCCCACAAUCGGAUGCGUUUAUAUUCUUCCUGCUCGUCAUCUGGCUAGUUCUUGUAACAGCAAAUUCCUUCGUGUCCUUCCUGAGCGCCAUGGUGUCCGAUUUCAUCAUGGGCAAUACCAUCGUCACGGGCGUCAUGGGCGCAUUCUUCUUAUUUUCGGGGUAUUUCAUAGCGAAGGACUACAUGCCCAAGUACUGGCUCUUCAUGCACUACCUCUCCCUUUUCAAGUACCCCCUGGAUGCUCUCCUCAUCAACGAGUACUCUCACGUUGCGGACAAGUGCUUCGGUCCUGUUUAUGGCGAGCAGUGCUUACUCACGGGAAAGGACGUGUUGGAGAGUAUGUUUCUUAACAAAGAUAAUAAGUGGACGGACGUGGGCAUUAUGGCGGGGUUCGCAGUUGGGUACCGAGUGUUGAGCUUCUUCGCAUUACAAUACCGGCUGGUGAAGAGGCGGAAGUGAUCAGUCACCUGGAUUGAAGCCCUGCAGUUAGCAAUAGACUAAUUGCCGGCUUUCGUCCCAAACUCUCAAACUUAGAUUUUCUCCACCAAAUGGUACUCAAGUAAAUCAAUUUGUCGGGGGCGGGAUAAAGCACCUGUUCAGUUAGAGUAUUGAAAGUAUUCUUCCACCGGUUCAGUAACUAUCUUAGUUAAAUCGAUCGAGUUUGUCCAUCUUGUUUAGAAAAAUAAAAACCGACAAAUCGCAAUAUUUCUGUUAUUUC